AUGGCCAGUUCUAUAUCACAAGGUCUAGUAGACGAAGCCGUCGCGAAGGUGUUUCUUGGAGUAGCAGAAAAUCUCUUAUUAUACGAGGAUAUAUCUACCUUCAUCAAGAACAAUUUGACGAUUAGCCCAGAUGACCAAUUUGGCUAUGGCGUGGGCCCACGGGGAUCGCCACGUCUCAAAAAGGCCCUGACAUCGUCCUUCCAAAACAAUUUUGACGCAGAAAGGCCAAUACGAGAAGAGAAUCUUCUUAUUCUUCCCGGAGUAGGAGGGGCUCUGGAUGCUCUGGCAUGGUCUAUCUGUGAUGAUGGCGAGGGUAUCAUCAUUCCGGUACCAUUUUGGUCCGGUAUCUCACAAGGUGUUGGUGAACGAACCCGCGGGGUGAUGAUACCCGCCAUCUAUCAGUCUAUUGAGGGAUACCAGGGUCUCGAUGAUCUCUUCGAUCCCGAGAUCAACAAGAAGGCGUUAGAAAAAGCCUUGCAGCAGGCCACCAAGGAUAAUGUGAAAGUCAAGGGCGUGAUGCUGUGCAAUCCGCACAACCCUUUGGGGAGAUGCUGCCCAGUGGAAACCUUAAGGGAGAUCGCUGGCUUUUGCGGCCAGCACAACCUGCACCUGAUUUCUGACGAAGUUUUUGCCAUGUCUGUUUACGACAACCUAGAAGUCCCAGAUACAGUCCCGUUCACGUCCGUAUUAGCCUUGGACCUUGAAGACAAGAUUGAUCCUCGAAAUGUCCAUGUUGCUUACGGCAUGGGUAAAGACUUCUGUGCAGCCAGGUUUCGAAUUGGCGUGCUACACUCUAGGAAUGAAGCUGAGUUUCUAUUUAGCGUUCUUGGAUGGGUACCAUAUAUUGUGCAAGACAUGUGGGCUAGCAUCCUGACGGACGAUGAAUUCCGGAUCGACUUUAUGCACAAGAACCGCAGGCUGCUUGCAGAGCACUCCGAAAUCUUGACUGCCUUCCUACGGGAAUAUGAUAUUCCAUAUUACUCCAAGGUCAACGCUGGUGUUUUCGCCUGGGUAAGUCUGCAGCGCUAUCUUCGUGAUAAGUCGGAAGAUUCAGCUACCAAUUCGUUCAAGUCUAACGGUCAAUUCUAUCGAGAGCGUGAGAUGACACUGUGGGAUCGCUUACUUGCGUCUGGUGUAGGGCUUGGCCUCGGCGGCUGGUAUUCUUCAGAAGAGCCAGGCUGGUUUCGCAUCAGCUUUGCUGUCGAAAAGGAAGCGUUGCGCAUCGGGCUCGAGAGGCUAAUUAAAACCUUGCGGCAGGUGGAAGCAGAGGGCUGGAAAUAG